UAUCAGACUAUGCUGUGAGACCACUUCAUAGUUGUUUAAAACCGAGUGCAAAGUGCAUCCAGCAUCAACGGAGCAAAGCAUUGAUGAAACAUCGUAUGAUGGAUAUCGCGAAUAUGAGUCAGUGUUUGGAUGUUACUAAUGUUUCGCCAACUGUUCGUUUUCGUAAUCAGAAUGCAAUAAAGAAAAGUCAGAUAAAAAUUUACGAGCAGCGUAUCGAUACACUGAGUACUCUUAUUGCAGAGCUGCAGAUACAAAAUGAAUAUCUAAAGAAUCAAUUGUUAGAAUACCCGAGGCAUUUUAGCAACAACAUGGAUAAUCCUUUGUGUGCAAGUAUCAAUCAAUUAACUUCUGAUGUCGCUGCUUUAAAAGCUAAGCUGAUAGAAACGCAAAACAUGAAAAAUUCUAUCGAGGAAAAUUAUAAAGAAGUUGUGCACGAAUAUCACUACACAGUUAUGGAACAGUUUACUGCAUUGAAACGCGAAUUAGAAGAGGCUCGAUUGAAAAAUGAGGCGUUAGAUAACAGUGUAGCUAUGAUAACUGAAAAGCUGGAGGAAAUCAUCCAUGGUAAGGUAAGAAGCAAAAGUUUCAUUUGUAAAAUGAGAAAUAUAAAAAAUAUUUUGAAGGAUGAGCAAAUUAAACAAAUGGAAAGAGAAUGGAUGGAUAAGAUCGAAGUGAUAUAUGAACAGUUCGAUACGUUUACGAGAGAAAACAGCAAAGAGUUGCACGCGAAACAAGAACUCCUUGAGAAGACUGAUUUGGAAUUGUCGCAAAAAGAUAUAGGAAGAAAAGAAGAAAUUGUAUUACUGACCAAUAAGAUUCAUGAUUUAGAAAUCAAACUAGAAAGGAAGAUUAGAGAUGAAGAAACAUUACAAACAACAUUAGUCGAGCAAUACACAAUGAUGAAAGAAGAAUUUAAUAAAUUAAGAAAUGAAAUAGAUUACGAGACACAGAAACAAACUCAAAAUCUCAUAUCCAAGGUCUCUGUGCUAAAGAAAGCUGUUGUAAAGCUUGGAAAGUCGAAAGAAAAGCUUGAAAAUAAUUACGAGAAAAGAAUAACGCAUGUAAUUAAGAACAAAGAUAUGGAAAUAAAAGCCUUGCAACUACAAUUUCAAGAGCAAAAAAAUGAAUUGUGUACAUCUCUAAACACGAUAAAACAAAACGAACUGGAUAAUAUUGUUGCAGUGUUAGAAAAGCGAUAUAGAACUCUAUUGGCAGAAACAGAAGCAACAACAGAGACUCAGACCCACGAGUAUCUCAGGAAGAUAGCUGAACUGGAGGAUCAAGUACUUAACAUGAAGAAGUUUUAACUCGAGUUAAUAGAAUAGCAAACCCUAAACUAUAGUUUGUAAAAUAUAAUUUUUUGUAAUUGUAUGAAUGAUCACUUUAUUAAAUAAAUACUACACGAG